AUGGUGGCCUCUACCCCGAGGUAUCGGACGCAGAGCGACCCUGACGGAGUGAUCCAUGUGAGCGACGAUGAUGAUCAAGUCGAUUAUACCCUCGGCAAAGGAGGGGGAGGACAAUCAGCAGAUGUGGUCGAUGUAACGCAUAUGGCAGAUCCGCCUGAAAUCACAGAACAACCAAUGAUGGUAGAUCGACGCGACCCUCCCACGGAUCCAGGCUCUCCCGUCUACGAGGCUACCUCAAUGGCGUCCAAUGGAGUUCUGUCAGAUAUCAUGGAGGAAGGACAAAAACCACCACCACUACAAGAUUCUCGACCUACAUCGCCACUUAUGCGGUCUACAUCGCCACAUGUAAGGAGAGACCCUUCCUUCCGUGGAGCUAGUCCCUCCUCACCCCUCAAGUCCUAUGGUUCCAACAGCAGAUCCAUCGCCAGGACAAGCUCGUCACCGGUAGCCAAGGCAAAUUCCUACAGUGGCCUUGAUUCUCCCGUUCGAAGUGCCACUGCUUCACCUUUACAGGAAGUCAUCAGUGUCGAGUCGCUGGAGGAUAGGGAUCGCGUCGCCGGGACACCGAUUCUUCAUCAACAGCCACACGAUCACGAAAAGCCCGUGCCCAUUCACCACUCUAGGCAGGGCAGUAGCAGCUGGCGUACGAAUAAUGCACGUAGUCCACCCAGCAAGCGCCCGUCCCCUGAUGUAGAUGUUGUCGACACCGAACAUCCACCUCCACCUCAGCCACAUCAUCAGCUUGACGAUGAAGAACCUUUACAAGAAGACGAUAUGGCCAGAUACCUUCCCGUGAAUCAUCAUCAUCAUCACCACCGUCACCAUGCAGCAUCAUCGCCAAUGGAAGAAAGCCCUGAUAUUCCCGAACCACUGGCACAAAUCUUAAAGGCCCCACCACAGCCCCCUUCUCAAGAGCCACCGGGUCGUUCGAUAGGGAUUCUUCCCGAGGAGAGAGACAGCACCAACAGCAAGUCCAGCAGGCAGCAAGGAGAUUUUUCGGAUCAAUCAAGUCAAAAACGAGAAACCGACGGCGACCUGGACACAGGUGGAUGGAUGUUCACAAACAUCAUGAACACAUUGACUUGUCGCGGGCCAACUCCCAUCGCAGGCUCCGGCCCGUUGACAUUGGUUUCCUGUGGUACUACCAACAAUGAGACGCAAGACCCCGGUGGGUUCGGCAACGACGACGAAGAGAACUCUGUGCUGGGCCCCAAAGGAUUUGGUGAUCUGGCGUCACUGCCGUCGCUGGAGGAUUCCAUCAUUCAUAAAGUGGGAGAACAAGACACGGACAAUGAGUCACUUUCCAGCAGAGUGAGCCGCGUGUCUCUGGCCACAGAUUGUCUGGGAAAUGCAGUGGAAUCCAAGAUCAAGAAUUUGGAAAUGGAGCAACAAAUGGGAGCUGUCCCGGCCAAGGAUCAGAGUGGUUCUCCAGAAGCUGACCCGCUUGCAAGUGACCCAGAAGUGCAACGAUUGGAGCUGGAACUGCGAGAAGCUUUCAAGUCAUUUGGGAAGAACCAUGUCAGAUGCUCACAUGUUUCAUUGGCCUUGGCCGAGAAGUACACGGAAAAGAAAGCAUUCAAGAAGGCGCUCGAGUUGCACCGAAAUAUUGUCGCCGUGCUCAGUACAAAACUUGGCGACAACCAUCAAGACACGCUUGAUGCAAAAAUUCGCUUGGGCAAGUCUCUCGAAGAUGCCGAAGAGUACGACGAGGGAAUAGCGGCCUUCUAUGAAGUCAUGGCAAUGCGACGAGCCCUGGAAGGAGACAAAGAUCCUUCUACAUCUGACGCUCUUAUCCUCAUCGCCAACUGCCUUCGAAAGAAAGGCCAGUAUAUGCAGGCCAUUCGAGAACUCAAACGGGCGUUGAAAGUGUACCGAGAAUCACUAGGAGACUCACACCCGUGUGUUGCAUCGACAGUCGACGAAAUUGCUUCGUUGUAUGUAACGCUUGGAGACUUUGAGAAGUCUGCCGCCAUCCUCGAAGAAGUUGUCAAGUUGAAGGCAGCAACAUUGGGAAUGCAGAACAGACAAGUUGCCAGCAGUCUAGUCGAGUUGGCUACUUCGUACGAAUGCUCCGAAGACUUUGACCGGGCCGUCAAGGCGCUGAAGAAGGCCUACAAAAUCUACACGGACUUUGGUGGCUUCUCCUGCGAGGAAGCCACCUCAACACUCCAUCGGAUAGCUCUCAUAUAUCAGGCAUCUGGUGACAUCCACAAAGCCGCCAUUGCGUACUUGGGUGUGCUGCGUGGAAAGAAGCACUUGCUUGGGGACGAUCACCUGGAGGUGGCUGAAACAUAUUACAGGCUUGGAGUGUGUCUGCGUGAAACAAACCAGUUGGACAAGGCUUUGAAGUGCAUGAAAGAAGCCUUGCCAAUCCUUGUAGGCAAGGGCAAGAAUAUUCACGAUGUUGACAUGAUUGCAGAAGUGAUGCACGAGAUGGCUCUACUGUACAAGGCCAAGAGGCAGCUGACGGAAGCUGCCAAGAUCUUCAAGCAGGAGCUGACCGUGCGUCGCAAGAUUGGCCAACCAGACUAUCCAUGCAUCGCCAAGACCCUGAAUCACCUCGGCGUAACAGAAUACGAAAUGAAGAUGCACCGGAGAGCCCUGAAGCACUUGCUGGAAGUUCUGACAAUUUUCCAGGAGCGCCAAGAGCAGGGAAUUGACUUUGCGGAGGCCCUGUACAACAUUGGACUUGUGUUUGAAGCGGUCCGGAACAAGGAGCGUGCAUACGAGGCCUUUUUGGAGGCAGCAAGGGUCUUCAAAGCAAAUGGGUAUGCAAAUGAUCAUCCGCACAUGACGAAGGCUGUGAACAAAGUCAAGCGGUUAGCCGUGCGGAAGUGA